AUGCGCUGUGCCCGGGGCAGCGGCGCCCGGCCGGCCGGCCUCGCCAUGAAGCGGCAGAACCUGCGCACGCUGUCGCUGAUCGUGUGCGUCUUCUCCUACCUGCUGGUGGGCGCCGCCGUCUUCGAUGCGCUCGAGUCGGAGGCCGAGAUCGGCCACAAGCGCCUCCUGGAGCAGAAGCGCAGCGGCCUGCGGAGGAAGUACCGCUUCACCGCCGAGGACUACCGCGAGUUCGAGCGCCUGGCGCUGCGGGCCGAGCCGCACCGAGCAGGCACGCAGUGGAGGUUCGCCGGCUCCUUCUAUUUCGCCAUCACGGUCAUCACCACCAUCGGUGAGUGCGCGGCGGGAUCCCCCUUCCCAUUUAGGGCGAUCCCCAAAGCAACCCAUCGCUGGGUGCGCCGGGCUCUCUUCUGCCACUCUCCAGGGCAGGGACAGGAGAGCUUGUGGAGGUCCUUGGACUCCAGCUCCCAUCAACCCCAUCCAGUAUGGUCAAUGGCCAGGGACGAUGGGAGUUGGAGUCCAGUCCAGCAACAUCUGGAAGGCCACAGGUUUCCCACUCCUGGACCAGGAGUCGGUGUGGGCUUGCUUCCACCUUGCUCAAUUUGACCCCUUUCUCCACCUCCCCAGAUCCCCAUUGCAGUCCACUGAUGUGUGUUAAAUGUACAAUGCAGGGGUUCAUGUUUGCCAUCAGUAAAGACUUAACCAGUAUCAACCUAGUCGACCUAGCCAUUUUUACUUCAGAGUUAACCAUGCUCGGCUGAAAUGUGCAGAAGGGAAGCUGAUUCUGCACUUCCUUCAUUGGCUUGGUGUGUGAACCAAUAUAUGUACAUGCAGGUUGUAUGCAUUUUGCCAUAGUGUGAUCUGCAACUUACAUUUCGUAAGGUUCAUGUAGUAGGGAGGGGCAGCCUUCAUGCGCUCAGGUUGUGCAUGUGUAGACUGUGCAUAGAGAGCCCUUGAAUGCCCAGGAGAUUAGGAAUGGCAGCAGUGUGUGCCAUCUUGCACCCUCUCCACGCAUCUGGCUUAAUGUCAUUUCUAAACAUGUUGAAAGACCUCAUGAGUAGAACAUUCUCUUUUUAAGAAUAUAAGAUGUUCCUUGCUGGACCAGCUCAAGUUCCAUCUAGUCUAUCGUUCUUAGCAAGAAGCCAACUUCCAACAAGUUUUAGAUGUUCUGGCAGAAAUUGAUCAGUGGGUCCUCCAGGAGACCGUGAGCUAUCUUCAGUCCACAUGAGCUGGGCAUCAGCAGGGUCAAAUUUCAACCUGGGCUUCAGCCCUAGAAAACAUGGAGCAAAUAUAGUGAAGGGCACCUGCAAGUACGUACCAAGUGCUUUGUCUCCAUUACCGUGAAGCCACAGCCAGCUUUCACCUGAAAUUGGGGGCAGAGUUUUCUUGGCAAAAUACAGUGGUACCUCGGGUUACAGCUGCUUCAGGUUACAAACUCCACUAACCCAGAAAUAGUACCUCGGGUUAAGAACUUUGCUUCAGGAUGAGAACAGAAAUCGUGUGGCGGCAGCAGGAGGCCCCAUUAGCUGAAGUGGUGUCUCAGGUGAAGAACAGUUUCAGGUUAAGAACGGACCUCUAGAAAGAAUUAAGUUCUUAACCCGAGGUACCACUGUACAUGAUUUCUCAGCCAAGCUUCAGACCCAGCACUGCCCAUUUGGCAGGUAUCCAACUCUCUUCAAGCACAUCAAUACAUAACGAUCAAGUGAAUUUGAGGACACUUUUGCUUCUUGAGAGAUGAGCAUAAAUUGCCACCACAUAAAACCAAGUGUCCACAGGGUUUACAGUUCCACAGCCACAUUAAAAGCAACCAAGAUCCUCUCAUGCUCACUUUUGUUGCAUUUUCCACUGCGCCACCUAUAAUUUCUGCACCGACACCUAACUCUCAUAAUCUCUGACCGCUGGCCCAAUGGGAGUCCAACAACAUCUAUAGGGGUUCAGGUUCCUCGCCUCUCUGCAUUAUGUGGUGUCAGUAUGUAAGAACUCCAGACAAUCCUUGCUGGGUCAGGCCCAUGGGCCAUGUACUCCAGCUUCCUGUCCCCACAGUGGCCAACUAGAUAUCUGUGGGAAGCCUGCAAAGAUGGACAUGAGCACACCAGCACUCUUCUCACCUGCGAUUCCUAGCAACUAGUAUUCAGAGGCACAAUGCCUCUGACAGUGCAGGUGGAACAGCCAUUAUGGCUAGUAGCCGGUGAAGAGUUAAGGGCAUGAAGAUGGAUAACAAGCACCUAUGGGUGCUUGCUGCAGGGAGCAAACAACUCAGCAGGCAGACCUGUCCCUGUUCUCUCCCUGGCGUUUUUGGGUCACUGACAAUUAUGCCAUUCACUGUCUGGGGAGCUAAUGUCCUGAAUAUUCAUUUUAAUGAGCAACUAUGAAGUUCUUUAUUGAUCCUCAGUGGAGAAAGAACCUUUUAGACAUUGCAAUAAGGAAGGACAACAAUUGUUCAAUAGCAGCUCCCCUCUCAUCCCAUUAUAAAAGCAAUUGCUCCAUUUGCUGCAAAUAUAUAAAUACUGUCUACAUUGUCUGUAUCCAGGAUGUUCAUCUUGAACUGCCUGUUCUUUGCAAAGUACAGUUAGCAUCAAUGAUGGCACUUUCCCACAAGGGGCGAGGUAAACCAGAAGGAACAGGACAGUGUCCUGCUGGCUUUGGACCUGCAGACGUCUGGCAUAAUAAAUGGGCAUGCCAUGCUGUCGUCAUUUUGCUGUGGCGUGUAUGUCACUCCUAUCGGCUGUGCAUGAUGCUCUCAUCAUCAGCAUUCAGCCUUUUGUCCUCUUGCUGACUGUCUCUGCUGUAGGAAACUGGCACCCAGGGGUGUCCCUGCCAUGAGGCAAGGGAAAGUGGCUCCUGAGCAAAUGUUGUUGUCAUGGGAUAAGAGGAUGGGGCCUUUUAUGGAUUGGUAACUGGCUUUAAAAAAGGGAAGAAGAGAGUAGGAAUAAAUGGACAGAUCCAUUAAUUGAGGGCUGUAAGAAUUGGGGUUCUUCAAGGAUCUCUGUUGGGACCAGGGUUUGUUUGUUAUUUAACAAUCCUAAGUGGUCUUAAGUUGGGGGUUAACAGUGAAGUGCCCAAGUCUGCAGAUGACAGGGUAGUGGUGGGAAAAAACUACAAGCAUUCCAAAAGGAUCUUUCCGAACUUGGGUGAGCGGGCAACAAAAUGGCAGGCGAUGGUUAAUGUAAGUGUAAAGCAAUACACACUGGGCCCCAAAUUCCAAAUGCGCAUAUCUUUAGUGACUGUAUAUUGGCUUGGGGGGGGGUCUUCUGAUGAGCAGCAAAAGGCAAUUAAUAAAUAUUGUAAAGAAAUAACUGAGGUCUGUCUUGGUGGUGAGACUUAACAGAUCUUGGGGCCAUGGUGGACAGCUCAAUGAAAACAUUGGCCCAGUGAGCUGGUUUGCACAUAAUGCUAAGCCAAACUACAGCAUCGUUUGAAAGUGUGGUCUCCUGCACCGCUGCGAGCCAAGCCAUGCUUUGGCUUUGUCAUCUGAACCUGGUUUCAUGGCUUGUCUUCUUCCAGACAAACUUCCUGGUGACUACUAGGUCACCAUGGCAACAGAUGCAGGAGGGAUACUAUGUGGAGCCAAGUGCACCACCCCUAUUAUAACACCUAUUCCACACCCAUCCUCUGAACUCAAAACAACUUGCAUGUGGUUUCUAGGUGGGCUUCCAUCCAGAUAGUCUAUAGCAAAUGUGACUGACAUUUGGCCCUCCCACUACAACUCCCAUCAUUCCUGACCAUUGACUAUGCUGACUGGGGCUGAUGAGAGUUGUAACCCAACGAUAUGGGUAAGGCUGAUAGUUAGACACCCUUGGCUUGCAGAGGCCCCUCAGACUAGGCUACCCCAAUUAUUUUGCACUACGACUGCUGUCAUCCGUGACCAUUGGCUAAGCUAGCUGCAGUAGAUGGGAAUUGUCAUCCAAGAGAACUGGAGCGCACCAGGGUAGGGAAAGGCUGCUUUAAACCAUUUCCUGGACUUAGCCUUUGUCUAGCAUCAGAUAUUUGACAGCUAUGUUAUGGACAGCAUUUCCCCUACAUAGGUGUAUGGUUUGCUAACGUAUGUGGGAAUUAAGGUCAACAUCAAGAGGUGGAGCUCUGUUACCUUCCAUCACCUGAAGUUUGGCAGGUGCUUGCAUUAGAAAGGUAUGAGAUGCCUGCAUGAGGAACGGCAAGCAGAUACACAACAUUUGAUCCUUGUUUGUGGGAUUCUUUCUCCCUCUAAAGAGGCCCACCUGGCCUUGUCCCCGCUUGUCUUUUGAUGAGCAGCAAAAAUAUGGCUCUUUCACAUUAUUUGAGAGGGAGAGACCUGUUUGUUCUACUACUUUUUGCUGUUUUCUUAUUAUAGCUUUUAAUGAAUUGUUAGAUGCUACGAGGGCAGAAGGAAUCAUAAUACAGGAUCAGAAAUAUUUUCAUAUACUGAAAUAUGCUACAAUGUGUCAUAGACUUUCCAGGGAUGAUUUAAACCUUAUUUAUUUUUAAAGUCUGUCAUCUGUAUUUCCACUGAAGAGUGUCCAAGGCAAGUUUAUGAGAUCUAAAACAAUCUGUUGGAAGCUCAAUGGAAAUUGCAUCAAAAAUCUUCAGAAUAAAAGAAACGGUCGAUUACUAUUAAACAUCUUCCAUCCCAUAACUCAGCAAAAUGGCAACAGCAAUAGAUGAUUGCUCUUUAAUGAGUCAGGCUUUUGAUCUGUUACUUGGAGGCUGUUUGAUGUGAUGGGCUAAUCUUGUGGAGUGUAAACAGGCUUAAAUGGUAGAGUUUCAUUUGCUGGGACUUUUGAUGGCUCUUCUGUCCACAACAGUUACAGCAAGUUGUAGUGUAAUGGUCCAUCCAAUUACUUUUACCUCUGUGUAUUGCAGAGAUUACCAGCUUCCAUUAGGCUUGUACAGCUGAACUACUGCCAUGAGGAAUUGUAACGCUGUUGGGCUUAUUUCAGCCACCUUGGUGUGGUCCUCUCUCCUUGUUUAUCUGACUGUUUUGAAAAUGGGGCCCAGGAAGAAGCUAUUGACGAUGGACAAACAUUAACAUUUCCCCCUUCUGCAGUCUCAGCUUUCCCUAUGGCUCACCUUAUCUCCUGGAGCAGUUGCUUCGUUCAAUGAUGAUGUACAUCAAAGGCAAUACUAACUGAAGCACACCAAGUGAAGCUCACACUUGAUUAAAUUAGAAGCGACUCAAGUGGGUGAUAUGAAAAACUGCUGAAAAUUAGGACAUGUGGGGUCAUCAGACUGAUAAUUUGGACAUGUGCUUGAGAACCUCUAUAAUGCAAUCAAGGCAAAUAUUUACUUAUUUCAUAUUUUGGGUCAGCUGAUAACCUGAGUUCUCUGGGGAACAUACAAAUUAAAAUGGAUUAGAAUUGCAGUACCAAUGAAAAAUGACCUGUAGCAACAAUAAUGUAAAGGUAAAGGGACCCCUGACCAUUAGGUCCAGUCGUGACCGACUCUGGGGUUGUGGCACUCAUCUCGCUUUACUGGCCGAGGGAGCCGGCGUACAGCUUCCGGGUCUUGUGGCCAGCAUGACUAAGCCGCUUCUGGCGAACCAGAGCAGUGCACGGAAACGCCGUUUACCUUUCCGCCGGAGCGGUACCUAUUUAUCUACUUGUACUUUGAUGUGCUUUCGAACUGCUAGGUUGGCAGGAACAGGGACUGAGCAACGGGAGCUCACCCUGUCACGGGGAUUCAAACCUCCGACCUUCUGAUCAGCAAGUCCUAGGCUCUGUGGUUUAACCCACAGCGCCACCUGCGUUCCUUGUAGCAACAAUAAUGCCCCCCAAAAUCAGAGGAGAGAUACAGAACUGGAUUCCUGAGACCUGGGUUCAGGUCCCCCUAUUCAUCCAAGAAGCUUUCUGGGUAUUUUUGGGCCACUCACUGUCUCUCAGGGUUUUGUGAGAUCAAAAAUGGGCUUCUGUGUUUCAUCCUGAGCUCCUUGGAGGAAUGGACUAAAUAAAACCAUUUUUUUGGGGGGGGGGGAAUAAUUUUGUGACAAAGGAUUGUGUUGACAUGGUUCUCCAUUCAUUAAUAUGCAAUCUAGAGAAAUGCUUAUGUUUUCUCUUCUUUUGCCACAGGUUACGGCCAUGCCGCACCUGGAACGGAUGCUGGCAAAGUUUUCUGCAUGUUCUAUGCGAUCCUCGGCAUUCCCCUCACCCUGGUGAUGUUCCAAAGCCUUGGCGAGCGCAUGAACAUCCUGGUCCGAAUGGUGCUGAAGAAAAUAAAGAGGUGCCUGGGAAUGAGGCAGCCAACUGUCUCCAUGAAGAACAUGGUGGUGGUGGGUUUCCUCUCCUGCAUGGGGACGCUGGGCAUCGGAGCAGCCGCCUUCUCCUAUUUUGAAGGCUGGACUUUCUUCCAUGCCUUUUAUUACUGCUUCAUAACCUUGACCACCAUUGGGUUUGGAGACUUUGUGGCCCUGCAGAAGCACGAAGCUUUGCAGAAGAAGCCCCCUUACGUUGCCUUCAGCUUCAUGUACAUCCUGGUGGGCUUGACGGUGAUCGGGGCUUUCCUCAACUUGGUCGUCUUUCGGUUUUUGAUUAUGAACUCGGAAGACGAGCGGCGGGACGAAGAGGAAAGGGCGUCUCUGAGGAGGGCCAGGAAUUAUAUCAGCCGGGAGGAGAACCGGGGCAGGAACGACCUCCUGCUCCCCAUCGAAGACGGGACGAGUCAGAUGAACCUCCUGCCGUUGAUGCAAGAAGAGGCCGGGAGACAGAGGGGCAAGUCCUCAGGCUCCACCACGAGAGUCCCUUCCUUCUGCAACUGCCUGUGCUACCGGCCGCGGCUAAGCAGGAGCCCAGUUCCUUCCCAACCAGAGGCCUUCAACUGCCACACCAACCUUGUAUAUUACAAUUCCAUUUCUUACAAAAUCAUGGAAGUCUCCCUGGGCGGUAAGGACCACACUGGCUUGUCUUCCCCCCGGAGCACUCUGUCGUCCAAUAGUCCCAGCUGCCGGGAGCACUCCCAGCUGCGGAGGAAGUCUAUCUGAUAAAUGUGCAUGUUCUUUUGGGACUUUUUUUUUAUUACUCUGAGCUGUGUUCUGCUCCUGAACUUCUUUUGAUGAUAAAUUAUUAACUGAGA